UUGUCACUUUUCUAGAUUUUUGUAGUACGCUUUUUCUUUGGUGGACCACAACUAUCGUUUCAGCAUUUAUUACUUGACAUGUUAUAUUUACAUAUCCUUCUCAAACCCACGACAGGCUGCACCCUUCUUUUAACUCGUUUACUUCCACCAUCAAGAACCUUCUAGAAAUAGCGCCAAUCUCCCAUCCUAUUCCGUUGUGUUUCUACCGUUUUCCGGCAAAUACACCGGUGAUUUUGCUAGCAAUCCCUUACAAUCCAGUGAUCUGUAAUCGGGUUCAAUGUCGACGUCACCGGUAGAAAAAUCUUGUGAAUUGACAGGAGAGUCGUUGAGGACUAUUCCGACGCCUUUUUUGACUAAGACAUACCACCUUGUUGACGAUUCAUCAUCAAACCAAAUGAUUUCAUGGAACGAACAUGGAAACGCGUUCGUCAUUUGGCGACCAGCUGAAUUUGCUAGAGACCUGCUUCCCAAAUACUUCAAACACAACAAUUUCUCAAGCUUCAUUCGACAGCUAAACACAUAUGGAUUUAGGAAAAUCGUAUCGGAUCGAUGGGAGUUCGCGAAUGAUUACUUCCGUAGAGGUGAGAGAUUACUCCUCCGAGAGAUACACCGUCGGAAAAUCUCAAUCACUCCGACUACUACGCCGGUAACAACAUCAAUCCCCUUGGCAGCUAUGCCGAUAUCGACAUACUCUCCGGCAAAUUCAAGUGAAGAACUUGCCGAUAUCCAGACUUGUACCACUAACCCGGAACAGCUCCUAGAAGAAAAUGAACGAUUGAAGGAACAGAAUUCCAAGUUGAGAUGUGAACUCGAUCAUAUACGAAGUUUGUAUAGGAAUGUCUUUACAUUGAUGUCUAAUUUCCUAUCGGGUCAACCGGAGAAGGAGAACGAUGGAUCAGAAGAAGAGAAAGCGGUUGGAGGUGGUGGUGGCGGUGCAUAUGUGGAAGAAGAGAUGUCUCCGUGUCCACGGUUAUUUGGUGUCCCAAUAGGCGUAAAACGUGUGAGGAGGUCCGAGGAAAACGCCAUUAGAGAUGAAAUGCUAGAAUAGCAAUUAGCAACAAUUUAAUGUAAAAUAAGAAUUGUACCUUAUUGUACUGACUUUUUAGGUUGAUAUACAAACAUCAAACCAUAAAUCAAAAAAUAAAAAAUAAA